AGGAACUGCCGGGGAAACCCCAACUGCCUGGUGGGCAUUGGGGAGCACGUCUGGCUGGGUGAGAUAGAUGAGAACAGCUUCCACAACAUUGAUGACCCCAACUGCGAGCGCCGCAAGAAGAACGCGUUCGUGGGCUUAACGAACCUCGGCGCCACGUGCUACGUGAACACUUUCUUGCAGAUGUGGUUUCUCAACUUGGAGCUCCGGCAAGCCCUCUACUUGUGUCCCAGCACCUGCAGCGAUUACGUGGCUGGAGAGGGCAUCCCAAAAGACAAAGACUAUGAGCCUCAGACCAUUUGUGAACACCUCCAGUACUUGUUUGCCUUGCUGCAGAACAGCAAAAGGCGAUACAUCGAUCCCUCUGGGUUUGUCAAAGCGCUGGGCUUGGACACUGGGCAGCAGCAGGAUGCCCAGGAGUUUUCAAAGCUGUUCAUGUCACUGCUGGAAGAUACUUUAUCCAAACAAAAAAAUCCAGAUGUUCGAAACAUAGUGCAAAAGCAAUUCUGUGGAGAGUACGCCUAUGUCACAGUCUGCAACCAGUGUGGCAGGGAGUCCAAACUCGUGUCUAAGUUUUAUGAGCUGGAGUUAAACAUCCAAGGGCACAAGCAGUUGACAGACUGUAUAACGGAAUUUCUUAAGGAAGAAAAAUUAGAAGGGGACAAUCGUUAUUUUUGUGAAACUUGUCAGAGUAAGCAGAACGCCACGAGGAAGAUCAGGCUGCUAAGUCUUCCCUGCACACUCAACCUGCAGCUGAUGCGUUUCGUGUUUGACAGGCAAACUGGCCAUAAGAAAAAGCUGAACACCUACAUUGGCUUCUCCGAGCUGCUUGACAUGGAGCCUUUUAUGGAACAAAAAAAUGGCAUCUACGUGUAUGAACUUAGUGCUGUCCUCAUACACCGUGGUGUGAGCGCGUACUCGGGGCACUACAUCGCCCACGUGAAGGAUCCGCAGACGGGCGAGUGGUACAAGUUUAAUGACGAAGACAUAGAAAAGAUGGAGGGGAAGAAACUGCAGUUGGGGAUUGAGGAAGAUCUAGCGGAGCCUUCUAAAUCCCAGACUCGUAAACCUAAGUGCGGGAAAGGGACUCACUGCUCGCGCAAUGCUUACAUGCUGGUGUACAGGCUGCAAACCCGGGAAAAAUCUCUGACAAUCGAAGUACCAG